GCCGCAGCCCGCGGCGGGGAGGAGUCCCCGAGAGUUUGCCCGGAGCGCGGGGAAGUUUCUAGCUGAAGCUCCGCUCCUGGAAAAGCGGUACCUGCCGGCGCCCGCUCGCCUCCGCUCCCCUCGCCGCUCGCGAGGGCAGGGAGAGGGGCAGCCCAAACCCUGCAAACCUGCCUAUUCUAAAUGGAUUCUGCCAUCCGCCGCAUCAACACAAAACAUAUGAGACCUUAAUGGGAAGGAACUUUAAUACAACUAGGAAACAAUACAGGAAAGGCAAAGAAUCUAGUUUCUAAAUCAAGCACCCAAAGUUACCUGUCCCCUCGAGGGUAAAAGUCCACCCAAGCAGGAUUGGCCCAGAGCAAGGCUCCAAAGCCUGCCACAAGUCUUAAGCAUCUUCUAGUGGGGACCCACAGAAGAAGGUCAGAAACAACCAGACAAGCCUGGAAGGAAAAGAGCAAAAUCAAAAUCAAGAUUAAAGCUGCCAUUGUCACCUCCCCACGGGUCUCUCACCCACAUCUGUGUCACCCAGUCCACGACCAAAAGAUUUCAUGGAAUGAGCACUAAGACAAUGAGAAAAUCUUGAAGGUCUGUGGAAAAACCAAUCUUGUCUUCAGAAAUGAGAAGAAAUGCAGCCUUCUGAACUGGUCAUGAACCCCAAACAAGUCUUCCUCUCGGUGCUGGUAUUUGGAGUAGCAGGACUACUCCUCUUCAUGUAUUUGCAAGUCUGGAUUGAAGAACAACAUACAGGGAGAAUGGAGAACAAAAGAGAACAAAAAGCAACUUCAGGAUGGGGAUCAGUAAACUACUUGCAGCCUGUACCCAGAAUCAUGACUAGAGAAAAAAUCCAGGAACAUAUCACCAACCAGAACUCCAAGCCCCACAUGCGAGCAGAUCCAAAGGAAAACCUACCCAACUCUGAGAGACCUACUACAAUCUUAACAGAUACCACCCAUUCACCAGGGAAGACUCUGGCUUUGAGUAAAACCACCGGGUUUCCAACAAUUAAGCUGAUGGAAAUACACCAAGGAAGUAAGACCCUUUUCAAGAAGUUUUUUGAAAUGAAUUGGCCAUUGGACACUCGCCCUUUAAACAAAAGUUUAGUCAAAGACAACAGAUGGAAGGAAACUGAUGUAACUCAAGAGAAACGCAGAUCUUUCCUUCAGGAGUUUUGCAAGAAAUAUGGUGGGGUGAGUCGUCCUCAAUCACAUCUUUUUCAUAUAGUAUCCAGGAUCUAUGUAGAAGAUAAACACAAAGUCUUAUAUUGUGAAGUACCCAAGGCUGGCUGUUCCAACUGGAAAAGAAUUCUGAUGGUACUAAAUGGGUUAGCUCCCUCUACCUACAACAUCUCACAUGAUGCUGUCCACUAUGGGAAGUAUUUGAAAAAGCUAGACAGCUUUGACUUGAAAGGGAUAUAUACUCGUUUAAAUACCUACACCAAAGCUGUGUUUGUUCGUGACCCCAUGGAAAGAUUGGUGUCGGCAUUUAGGGACAAAUUUGAGCACCCCAACAGUUACUACCAUCCAGUGUUCGGGAAAGCGAUUAUAAAGAAAUAUCGGCCAAAUGCCUGUGAAGAAGCACUAAAUAAUGGCUCUGGAGUCAAAUUCAAAGAAUUUAUCCACUAUUUGCUGGAUUCCCACCGUCCAGUAGGAAUGGACAUCCACUGGGAGAAGGUCCACAAACUCUGCUAUCCAUGUUUGAUCAACUAUGACUUUGUAGGGAAAUUUGAAACUUUGGAAGAAGAUGCCAAUUACUUUUUACAGCUGAUCGGUGCCCCAAAAGAGCUGAAAUUUCCGAACUUUAAGGAUAGGCAUUCCUCCGAUGAAAGAACCAAUGCUGAGGUCGUGAGACAGUACUUAAAGGACCUGACUAGAACUGAGAGACAAUUGAUAUAUGACUUUUAUUACUUGGACUAUUUGAUGUUUAAUUAUACAACUCCAUUUUUGUAGUUUACAUACUUUUUCUAAAAUCCUGUAUUUACUUCAUGGUGAUGGACUUAAAUCAGCCAUUGUAAUUUUCUUAUAAUUCUUCCUAUGAGAGAAAUUGAACUAAGCGCAGUUGUCUUGAUUUAAUGAAGAUUUUUACCAAAUAGUAUGACACCAAUUGGCACAAAGUUAUAGGAAAAUUAUCUACCAGAGACAUGUAAACAAUUCGCAUUACUCUAAAAUGUUUGGGAAAGAGCUGCUUUUGCGUUAUGGAUUAUAUUAUAGAAGUAAUAACCAAGCCAGCUGCUACAUUAGCUAAAACAGCCUCUUGCAAUGGUAGGAAAAGGGAUCCAAAAUAGUAUGAGUGUACGUCUGCAUUCUGGAAGUUGUUGCUAAUGUGCAUGUGUAUAUUUUUAGCAGUCUGUGGUAUAUCAAUCAAAUAUUAGAGAGUUUUCUUACAACCUGGAAGUCUUUCUACCACAUGUAAUGAUAAAUGACUUUUAAAUAUUUUGGACCUAGGCAUUUUACUGUAGAUUGGAAGACAUUAUGUGAUUUAUACAGCAGAAAAAACAGAUGAGGUUUUGGUUUUUUAGCUCCUACAGCCAAUAAAAAUGCACAACAUACUAAAAUCAAAGCAA